GGGACACGAGGCCGGAACGACGUCCCGAAGAAGCGAAGAGCCACACUUCAAGCCUGGUGAUCAAAACAGUUAGGUGCGUGCGUACGGAUAGGGUUUUUAAAAGCGUUAUUGUGACUCGUAUAAGUGUUAAUAUAUUGUUAAACUGUAUGUGCACUGUGUAAUACAGUUAUUUUCUUGUAUUCAUCGAAAUAAAAUAAAAGUAUUUCUCGUUCGAUAACUGGCCGAGCGCAGCCCAGCUCUCAUAAUCCCAUUUGUAUAUACCUUACUGCCCUUCAGCAUACUAAAAAAAAGCCAUUCAUUUGAGAGUUUCAAAUCAAACGAACAGUACACACUCAUUUAUCUACCACACAAUACACAAUAAUGGCUAAAUGGAUCAAAGAAAUCUGCAAAUAUCGGUGCUUAUAUGAUAAAAAUAGUUCCUUUGAUCCAGCAGAAGUGGACAAAUCAUGGAAACUCGUCUCGAAGCAACUAAAGCAGAGCGUCGCUGAAUGUCAGAAGCAGUACAUAGCCCGAAAGGAGCUAUUUAAAAACUAUUUGGCGAACAAUGGGACCACCAUACUGCAUGACUCCACGGCACCGGGCAUGGAUCCGGGACCCAGCGUAAACUCUGAACACUCAGCUAACCAGCCAGAACUGCCGCCGGGACCCAGCGAACUCUCAGCUAACCAGGCAGAACUGCCGCCGGGACCCAGCGAAACCAGCGAACCUUCAGCUAACCAGUCAGAACUGCCGCCGGGACCCAGCGAACCCUACGCCAACCAGCCAGAACUGCCGCCGGGACCCAGCGGGGCCAGCAAACCCUCAGCUAACCAGCCAGAACUGCCGCCGGGACCCAGCGUAACCAGCGAACCUUCAGCUAACCAGUCAGAACUGCCGCCGGGACCCAGCGAACCCCACGCCAACCAGCCAGAACUGCCGCCGGGACCCAGCAGGACCAGCGAACCCUCAGCUAACCAGCCAGAACUGCCGCCGGGACCCAGCGAACCCUACGCCAACCAGCCAGAACUGCCGCCGGGACCCAGCGAACCCUCAGCUAACCAGCCAGAACUGCCGCCGGGACCCAGCGGGGCCAGCGAACCCUACGCCAACCAGCCAGAACUGCCGCCGGAACCCAGCACAAACACGGGGCAUGCAAGAAUCACCAUUAAUUGUGAUGAACAUGAGUUACUACUUUCCAUGUUUAUGGCGUCGGUGCUGCGAAAAUUGCCACCUUUGCAGCGUAAUAAGGCCAAAAACGACAUAAUUGAACUGCUUUUUAUUGCAGAACUACUCGCUCUAUCAGCGGAUUCAUAUAAUCAUAACUAGUA